CAAAACACACAAGCUGAAGGAGUACUCUUGACGAAAUUACGAAGACUGUAUUGCAUUGUUUUUCUUUUCCUGCAAAGGCAAACUCUCGGACUGAAGGAUUACUCUUUGAGACCUGGCAAACACUGUGUUUUAAUAGUUUUUCUGCUCCUGCAAAGAUCAGAGCACAGAUGGACCUGAAAUGCCUCAUGUUUCUUCUGGUGCUGUGCUCCCUCAAUCAGCUGCUGGUGGCGGUGGCAGGCCCCGAAGACGAGUACCAGACACAUGUGAACCAUCAGGUUGAGCAUCAGUCCACACGGAACAAAAUCACCACCGCCCAGUAUGAAUGUUUCCAGAGGAUCAUGAAAGAGUCACACCGUCCAUCAAAAACUAUAGCAGGGCCAAUGUGCAACACAACAUGGGAUGGAUGGCUGUGUUGGGAUGCAACUGAAGCUGGCCUCACGAACCAGAACUGUCCAGACUACUAUGAUGACUUUGACACUUCUGCGGUGGCAUCCAAGGUCUGCACAGAGACCGGCGAGUGGGGACGCCACCCGGAGAGCAACAGAACCUGGACGAACUUCACAAACUGCAACGUCAACGAUGCACAUCACAGGAAGGCAGUCAUGACUCACUUCUACUUGGUUAUGAUUGGUCAAGGACUGUCUCUGGUGUCUUUGCUCAUAUCAUUAGGAAUAUUCUUCUAUUUUAAAAGCCUGAGCUGCCAGAGAAUAACGCUCCAUAAAAACCUCUUUUUCUCAUUCGUGCUGAACUCAGUCAUCACCGUCAUCUGGCUGAAAAAACAGGAACACAUGGACAACGACACUGUAAGCUGUAAGCUUGUCAUGUUCGUCCACAUGUAUCUGAUGAGCUGUAACUACUUCUGGAUGCUGUGUGAGGGAAUCUACCUGCACACUCUCAUUGUUGUGGCUGUGUUCGCAGAAAAACAACAUCUCAUAUGGUAUUAUCUGCUUGGGUGGGGUUUCCCACUGGUGCCAUCGGUGAUACAUUCAAUAGCACGCCACUUCUACUACAAUGACAAAUGUUGGGUCAGCUCAGAUACUUCCUUGCUGUACAUUAUCCAUGGCCCCAUCUGCGCUGCACUGGUGGUGAACCUUUUCUUCCUGCUGAACAUCGUUCGGGUUCUCAUCACCAAGCUGAGAGUGACGCACCAGGCCGAGUCCAGCCUCUACAUGAGGGCUGUGAGAGCCACCCUCAUCCUCAUCCCGCUGCUCGGCAUCCAGUUCGUCCUGGUCCCCUACAGGCCCCACGAACACUGGGCCUCUGAGAUCUACCUGUACAUCAUGAACAUCCUCAUGCAUUACCAGGGUCUCUUGGUUUCUACAAUAUUCUGCUUCUUCAACGGGGAGGUCCAGAGUGUUCUGAGGAGACACUGGAACCAGCAGCGGAUGCAGCUCGCCGGCACAUUCGCCAACGCCGACUUCUUCCGCUCGGCCUCCUACGUGGCAUCAUCGCUCACAGAGGUCCACCGCUGCUACAGUAUAGAAAGCCACACCGAGCACAUGAAUGGCAAGAGCUACCCGGACAUAUUCAGAUCGGAUAGUCCUUUUGUGUGAAGGUGGCCCCUCGGGAACUUAAGGCACUGCCCUUCUUUUUUUUUUACUUUUUUUUUUUUUUACAUUUUCUUUUGUUACCAAGAGUGAUGUUGAUGUUUUCUUGGAGUUUUGCUACUGUUAAUGACACCUCCGUAGCUUCAUACCUUUGACAUUUUUCCAUCUCCCAGCCAAACAAAAACACGCAAACAAAAAAAAAAAAAGAACUCACAUUUUAUUACUUUUACCAAAACAGAAGGAGCUUGACACCAAAAAAAUCCCACGAAUAUUCAAAAGGGGACUGUUGACAGACAUGAGGACGAAUCAACUAGUCUCAAUAUUUGGCAUUAAUACAAGGAAUUAAUGCAAAUUUUUUUUUUUUUUGUAUCGUGUGGAAUAAACCUGAAGAGCCCCUCUGUGAGCGAGACGCUGUUCUAAUGAGCUUGACGGUUGAGAUCUUUCAAAGAGGGAAGUUGUGACUGUCUGGGCACAUAACUCUGUAGCAGUUCCUGCCACGUCACGCCUUCAAGACGGGAAAGGAACAAAGCACCAUGAUUUCUGUGGGUAGUAGUGAUUAGAACUACACCGAGUGGACAUGGAAAUCUAAAAAACAAACAAGUAAAAGUACAAUUACAGACACGAAAAUAAGAAAUAAACAGCUAGCUCGCAGUGCUACAUGGCAUUUCUGCAUGUUAGCCACUUCUGAAUUGACUCUUCUAUUUAUGUGUAAUAUCCUCUUUGCUAAGUGAAACAAAUAAUAAGGUUCACAGUACAAUGUUGUCAGAAACAUACGCUUACAUUGCGUGGCUUAGCAGCAGCAACAGUACCCUCUAAGUUAAUGUUCUGCUAGGCGUCACUGUUUUUCACUUCAUAUCUGAUAAUUCCAAAAUGCUGGAGAGGUGACUGUGAGAGGGGAACAGGGAGUGAAGAGAGCAUGGGUUUGUACAUAUAUUUGAUUGUGUGUGAGUAUGACACAUAUCAAGGCACAAACUAUGAAUUACUACAUUGUAUUUAGACUGCCAUUAGUGUACUUUGUAUAUUUUUCCAGUCAGUCAGGAGCAUAUCACUGUAAGCCAUGUAGUCAAGCCCCAUAAACCACAGCUUGUUUGAUUAUAAAGUGAGAAGAGCAGAGAUUUCAUGUCCCAUGUUUUAGAUGAAUCUUCAGCAGGAACUGACUUUUAUUAAUUCACUGUCUGUCACCUCCAGUUAGAGAUGAGAAGUAUAUUUCCUGAUGAGUGAAGAGCUGCUGGUUUCAGCCUUCAGAUACGGGAAUUACAGGCCAGUCUCUCCUGCAGCGCUAAUAACUUAUUGUAAUGUUAUAAAUCACUUAAAAGAAUUAAUUUGACAAUUUAGGAAACAUGCUUAUUUGCAUUCUUGUGGAGAGUUAGAUGAGGAGAUUGCAAGACAGCGGGUAAGCAUUAUUAAUUAUCAUUAUAAACAUAUGAUGGAAUCACAGAAUAUUUACAAGACUGGAUGAUUACAUGAUUUCUACAGUGAUUUCUGCACUCUCGAUAUCACAGGUGUUGUAUUUAGCAAUUAAAGAAACCUCAGAUACAACCUGGGUGUGCUCAGUAGUGGGUCCACAGUCAGAUAUUUACUGUAUGUUACACUGGACAUAGCUAAAUACUGUAUGUGUCACUUUGUCUCGGCUCUAAUGUCGGUUUGGUGUCAUUCAUUUCUUUAAGCGAUAGCUGGGUCCUAGGCCCGAGUCUGGCCAGCAUCUGGCCGGAUUCUGGCAGCCGGCGAGAUUAUCUGCAGCAUGCGCACCAAAAUCGGCCCAGAUGUAGAAACAACAUCUCACAUCUGACAAAUAUAUAUAUACUGUAUGUGCUAAAAUGUUAUAAAAUUCAAGGUUCACUUAAUAGAUUUCUCUCGAGCUUUCAAACUUAUUCUACGGCCUUUUUCAGCAAAUUAAACUAAAAUAUUUAAAUAUUUUAUCACAGAUGAACCUUGAUGUUAAAAAAUAUGUAUAGUUUCCCAAGGUUGGGGCUCAUUCUCAUUUUUGUACCAUAGUUUUGUCAUAAAAUUCAGUUGAUGCUUGUUUAUACUGAAGUAAUAAUUCUGUAAAUAAAAGAU